AAAUCUUGCGACCUAAAGGGAUUUAUAGCACUGUCGGAAGAUUGUGGCCAGGCGCCAAACGAUCUCUUCGUGUGCUUCGAGGCGAUCGAGUCAUCGAUUGGCAUAGCAGGCUUGGGCAUCGCGGUCUAGGAGGAGUUUGUCGAUCCCUUCUCGCUUGUAGCUCGAUCAAAUGGCGGGGUCAGUCCACACGGACGACAGCGACUCGGAGCGAGCAGCCCGAAAGCCGAGCGAUGGCCAGCGCCCGGAAGAACUCCCUUUUGUUCACAAAGUAAGCGUUCCUCCUAGCACUCCGCUCCACAGUGGCAUCAAAGAUACGAUCAAGGAGACGUUCUUCCCGGACGAUCCUUUCCUCCAAUUCAAGAACCAGACCAAAGGGAGGAAGUUUGUCCUCGCAAUUCUCUACGUCUUCCCGAUCCUGGAAUGGGGGCCAAAGUACCGGCUCAACCUCUUCAAGCGAGACUUUGUCUCCGGCUUGACGAUAGCCAGCCUCUGCAUUCCACAGGCAAUGGCUUACGCCAAGCUUGCUCACCUCCCGCCCGAGUAUGGACUUUACUCGGAUGUUAUUCCACCUUUCGUUUAUGCGGUUCUAGGAAGCUCAAGGCACAUCGUCGUCGGACCGGUUGCUGUGGUGUCGAUUCUCUUGGGAACUCUCCUGAAUGCCGAAGUGAACUACAAGAAGGACCUUGCGACUUACCUUCAGCUUACAUUCACUGCGACGUUUUUCGCGGGGCUAAUUCAGGCUGGACUCGGGAUCCUCAGGCUGGGAUUCAUCAUAGACUUCCUUUCUCAUGCCGCUGUGGUUGGAUUCAUGGCGGGCGCCGCCAUCACUAUUGGCCUGCAACAGUUGAAAGGGCUGUUUGGAAUCACGGACUUCACUACGAAGACUGACAUCGUCUCAGUUUUGAAAUCCGUCUUUAGUCACACCCACCAGUGGAACUGGCAAACUAUCCUCAUCGGUCUUUUCUUCCUCGUGCUUCUACUCGCUGCCAAGUUUAUUAGCAAACGGAAGAAAAGCUGGUUUUGGAUCUCGGCAAUAGCACCGUUGACUGCAGUUAUCCUGUCGACAGCUUUCGUGAAAAUCACGCGUGUUGAUAGGCAUGGAGUUAUCACGGUCAAGCACAUAAACAAGGGACUGAAUCCUUCCUCGGCUCACUUGAUUCAUUUUAGCGGGGACCUUGCACUGAAAGGAGUUAAAGUUGGCAUUGUGGCCGGCUUGGUCGCUUUAACGGAAGCUAUAGCCGUAGCAAGAACGUUUGCUGCGCUUAAAGACUACCACAUUGAUGGAAACAAAGAGAUGAUAGCUCUCGGGUCGAUGAAUAUGAUCGGAUCAUUGUCUUCUUCCUACGUUACUACGGGUUCAUUCUCUCGCUCGGCAGUGAACUACAACUCUGGCUGUCAAACUGCGAUCUCAAACGUAGUUAUGGCAGUAGUAGUAAUGAUCGUCCUGCGUUUUCUGACACCUUUAUUCUUCUACACUCCGAAUUGCAUCUUGGCUUCGAUCAUCAUAACAGCAGUUCUCAGCCUCAUCGAUUUGAAGGCAGCAAAACUCAUAUGGAAGAUUGACAAGUCUGAUUUCCUGGCAUGUAUGGGUGCCUUUUUUGGUGUCGUCUUUGUCUCCGUUGAAAUUGGCCUUCUCGUCGCGGUCUGCAUUUCGAUGGCAAAGAUUUUAUUAUAUGUUACGCGACCUCACACCGCUGUUCUGGGAAACAUACCAGGAACUACUGUUUAUCGCAACGUCCAGCAGUAUCCCGAAGCAUACAAAAUCCCAGGAACUCUUCUUGUGCGCAUUGAUGCCGCCAUCUACUUCUCCAAUUCUAACUACAUCCGUGAGAGAGUUUUGAGAUACGUGAACGAAGAGGAGGAAGUGAUCAAGAAAGCCAACGGAACCUCACUGCAAUACGUUAUCGUCGACUUAACACCGGUUAUGAGCAUCGACACAACAGGAAUCCAUGCGUUCGAGGAGCUACUGAAAAUACUAAGGAAGCGAGGCCUACAACUAGCGAUUGCAAACCCAGGCUCUGAUGUCAUGGAGAAGCUCCACAUUGCCAAGUUUCUGGAAGAACUGGGCGAAGAAUGGGUGUUCCUAACGGUAGGACAGGCCGUACAAGUGUGUACCAGGCUGCUCAAAUCAGCCGAUGUUUAAAGGCCUUACUUUUGCUUGAAUGUAAAUUAAGAAUAUGCGAUGGUAUCU